UCCGUCGCAGAGUGAUGACGUAGAAUCACAGUUCCCGUUGCUGCUGUGAGUUGUUGUUGAAGUAAAGCAAACGAAAGGUGGGAUUUAUCUCCGUGAAACAAACCGAGGGCCCGACACGGUGAAGCUGCGGAGAUGCACACCUCAGUGCGUGAAAUUUAUGUCUUCUCUCAGCCUGACUCCACCUACUUCCUGCGGGUGGACUGGAGGGGGCAGAGCCUAGGUUCAGGCUUCCAGUUGGUGCUAACUGAUGGACAGGGAGCAUGGAGAGGAGAAGUGAGUGACGCAGCGCUGUGUGAGGAGGCGAAGGAGCUGGAGAUGAAGAAGGAGAGGUACAUCCAUGACCUCCAGCAAGCACUGACUGGGACAGAGAGCUCCAUCACAUACAGCUUCACCCUGAUGCCGUCUCCACCAAACCACAGCUCCACUGUUACACUGGCAUAUGAGAAGGUGCAGAAAGAUAUCUCAUUCAGGCUGGGUUCUGUUUUGUUGAAGUCUGUCGCAGAGCCGGCGGAGGCUGUGAGGGAGUUACUGAUUCACAGUCUGCAGAAGGGAAAUACACUGGACCAUCAGAACAAUGAUCUAGAGGAGGAGAACCGGAAACUAAGACAAGAGCAGCAACGCAUCACUGCAGACAUGAAGCGAUACAUUGGUGGUAAAGAAGCCCUGGAGACAGAGCUCUACUCUCGAUUUGUCCUCGUCCUGAAUGAGAAGAAAGCAAAGAUCCGCAGUCUUCAGGAAACUGUCUCACAACUGCAGGAAUCCAGUUCUGAGGGAGAGAAAAAUUCAGUAAAAACCCACCAAACAGCAGCAGAGGAGGAUGAAUAUGGAGGGAGCACUGACGAGGAGCCAGAGGAAGUGAAGUGCACUGCAGCCUCCACUUUACAAUCCCGGGACUCCUCUACUCCAAGCCCACUGGAUGGCAGCCUACAGGACAUAACAGACGUGGCCCCCUGUCGCAAACGGCGGUUUCGUCACCUCAAGGCCUCGGACCCUGCGCCUAAAAGACCAAACCAACAGAACUCCCAUAGAAAGAGGAGUGACUCCCCUGCAGGAUCCAGUAAGCAGCAGACUCCCCAGCGCUCUACAGAUGCUGCAGCAGCAAGUUCACAGGCAGAGGACCUGUUUGAGGAUUUUUGACCAAUCCCCUCCCGACCGUGCUGUACAGAUAAACUGAUGUAUGUUGGUAUAGUUCUGAUGUUUUUAUACAAGCCCUGAGGCUCAAGUGUGAGUUUUUGGCCAGGAUAAAAAUAUUUUUUCCACCAGUGGAAACGAUAUAAAGGCAAAGUUGACGAAACUACCAGUUCAACAUAGAAAGUCACGACCACAGCCGUAAGGAUCGGAGGACUUCUUGUCAUCACCUUCACAGACAGUGUAGGUCCCUGUCUGCUGCUCAUUAGCUGGCAGAAUUUAUAGUCAUGGGGAGGGAGUUAAAAAUCAACAAAGAAUUAUGAUAGGAUGCAGCAUGAGCAAACACCCCUGGGAGCAUGAUAAGUCAUCACACAGCUGAAAGUGUUUUACAUGAAGAGGAAAAACAGACACUUAGAUGUAAAAAUAUUAUGAAACUCUAAAAGAAUCUUCAAAUCUUAAAUGUUUAAAUGAUACUUUUUCCAGCUGAUAACUUGAGUGUUGGUUAGCUACCCUGAGACAUGGAGGACAUUAUUUAAUAUUAACUACUUUAUCUUUUGGUUAAUGCUGCAGAUGAAUGGGAAAGUAUCUGGGCUCUGGCUGUGAUAAUACACUGGACAAUGAAAAACACAAUACUGUGAUGGUGUUUUACACAUUUGAGGUUAAUCAAGUUACCUGAGUAGUCAACUGCUCGCCCCACCACAGACCAGAGAUAUUAGUGAAGAGCACUGUCUAACAUGUCACACUGGCCAUUCGUUUACAGCAUGAUUCACAGCAUUGUCAUCAAACCUCCUCAUUCAGUUUCUCAAUUCAGUCGUUCCUUUGAUUCGUCACCUGACUGUGACGUUCAGGGGACUGAUGUUUAUGAAUCAUUAUGUAUUUUCAAGAUGUAUUACAUUAUAAAUUGUGGUUUUUGUGAUAACAUAUUCACAAAUGUUUCUACAAAAUUUGUAUUUGUAUCAAUAAAACAUGUAAAUAUUGUG